AUGCCGUUCGCGCAGCUGGUGAUAGGGCCACCGGGCUCUGGGAAGUCGACCUAUUGCGAUGGUAUGCAGCAGUUCAUGGGCGCAAUCGAGCGCAAGUGCUCCGUCGUCAAUCUCGACCCCGCAAACGACCACACUUCCUAUCAGCCGGCAGUGGACGUGCGGGAUCUGGUUACCAUAGACGAGAUCAUGGAGCAGGAGUCUCUGGGCCCAAAUGGCGGAGUCCUGUUUGCGCUGGAAGAGCUAGAGCACAACUUCGACUGGCUGGAAGCGGGCUUGAAGGAACUCGGAGAUGAAUAUAUCCUCUUUGACUGUCCCGGCCAAGUCGAGCUCUUCACGCACCAUGGAUCAUUGCGGAACAUCUUCUUUCGCCUUCAAAAACUUGGGUAUCGAAUGGACCUCCCUCAUUUGAAUGUCCUUACCAAGAUCGACAACCUGCGAAAUUACCCGAACCUGCCGUUCAACCUGGACUUUUACACCGAAGUACAAGAUCUGCAGUACUUAUUGCCACACCUUGACCGCGAGCAGACAUCUGGUAUUCCAGGCCCGACAACAGCUGGCACGAAGCAUGACAUGGACGUGGAUGAUGAUGAACCGACAUCUAAGUUCUCUGCGCUCAACAAAGCGAUCGUUGAACUGGUGGAAGACUUUGCCCUCGUAGGCUUCGAAACGCUCGCGGUCGAGGACAAGAAGAGCAUGAUGACGCUCUUGCGCGCUAUAGACCGCGCCGGCGGUUUCGCAAUGGGCGGGGUAGAAGGCGCAAACAAUACAGUUUGGCAAAUGGCUAUGCGUGAAAAUGGGGCGACCAUGGAUGCUCGCGAUGUGCAGGAGAGGUGGCUGGACAGGCGAGACGAAUUGGAUGAAGAGGAGAGGAAAGCCUGGGAGGAUGAGACCAAGAUGAUGAAGGACCCGCCGCCGCAGGAAGCCCAGCGACCUCCAACUGCAAACGCAUCGCACACCGCGAAUGCACCAAGGAGAGGAAAAGACGAAGACAGUGACGAUGACAUGAACGACUUGGAGGAAAUGCGGCAGUACAUGGAAAAGAGGGAAGAUGGUGGAAUCAACAUCGUCAAGAAGUAG